UUUGCGACCGUUACAACAGAAAGUUGAUUCGAAGCGGAGCGAUUCGUGGACUCGUUGUUAUCGUGUCGUCGUCGUUUUGUCGUUGAUUUCCGUUUGUGCAUGCAGCCAGAGCCAGGUCUUGACUUGAUUCUCGACUAGGCCUAGUAUCGAAAUCGAAACCGAAGUCGGUUAAUGGAAAAUAAACAAACAAACAAAGCACUCGUUUUGUUUGCCGCGCAUUAAAAAAAAUCUAAAACCUUGUCUGCUAAUCUUGGUGUUAUAAAAUGAGUAUUACCUAAAGUUAAAAAACAAGAAUAUGUCAGUGCGGUUUUAAAAUACAUAAUAUUUAACCAACAGUUGAAAAUAGUCAACUUGAGAAGUGCAAGAAAAGUAAAAACAAAACCAUCUUAACAAAAGUGUAUAGUGCGAGCGCAUUAAAGUGAUUUUCACAGCUUCGAAGCAUUGGGAUAAGCAAAAAGCCAGCAAAAUUUACUGCUUUGGAAACUCCAAUUUCAACAUAAACACCGAGACCGAAACCGGCAGCACCAUCAACCCCCCAGCGGCACCACCCACCUCCAGAUUCUGCACCACCAGCACCACCCCCAAAACAGUGCUAGUAUGCUGUUCGAGAAUCCGGCGGUUGCGGCCAAGUUGCCCUUUCCGUACAACGUGCCACCGCCUCUGCAGGCGGCGGCAGCAGCAGCAGCGGCUGUCCCAAAUCUAAGCAAUCCCAUGGAGAACGCGGCCGCAGCAGCCGCCGCUGCAGCAGCAGGACUCAUAGAUCCGCACCACAACCGCGACUUGCACCAGGCCCUGGUGGCCUCGAUAGCCAACAAUGGCGUGGCCUCCAUUGGCGGCGGACUGACCACAGCGGCGGUGCUCAAGAGUGCCGCCCAGCAGUCGCAGCAGACGGUGCAACAGACCCCCAACUCCGUGGUGGUUUCCGCUGGACAGGAUCAGCCCAGCCAGGAGCAGGCUCAGCAGGCCGCUCUGGCGCUGCUCAAGGAGAACGUAAAUGCUUCAGCCGGAGCGGGACAGAAUAACGGUCAGACCGCUAUGGGGGGCAGCAACAAGAGCGGCUCCUCCGGCAGAUCCACGCCCAGCUUGAGCGGAGGCAGUGGCUCGGAUCCCGCACCCGGAAAGCUGUUCGUUGGGGGCCUCAGCUGGCAGACAUCGUCAGACAAACUCAAGGAAUACUUCAACAUGUUCGGCACCGUCACUGAUGUGCUCAUCAUGAAGGAUCCCGUCACCCAGCGCAGUCGCGGCUUUGGUUUCAUCACAUUCCAAGAACCCUGCACCGUGGAGAAGGUUCUCAAGGUGCCCAUUCACACGCUCGACGGCAAGAAGAUCGAUCCGAAGCACGCCACCCCAAAGAACCGACCGCGCCAGGCCAACAAGACCAAGAAGAUCUUCGUCGGCGGCGUCUCGCAGGACACCUCCGCGGAGGAGGUGAAGGCCUACUUCAGCCAGUUCGGACCCGUCGAGGAGACGGUCAUGCUGAUGGACCAGCAGACGAAGCGCCACCGCGGCUUCGGGUUCGUCACCUUCGAGAACGAGGACGUGGUGGAUCGCGUCUGCGAGAUCCACUUCCACACCAUCAAGAACAAGAAGGUCGAGUGCAAGAAGGCGCAGCCAAAGGAGGCGGUCACCCCGGCCUCCCAGCUCAUCCAGAAGCGCAUCAUGCUGGGCACAUUGGGCGUGCCGCUGCCCACCGCCACGGGCCAGUUGAUCGGAGCCCGGGGCGCCGGCGUGGCCGCCAUGAAUCCGCUGGCCAUGCUCCAGAAUCCCACGCAGCUGCUGCAAUCCCCGGCAGCCGCCGCCGCCGCCCAGCAGGCCGCUCUCAUAUCACAGAAUCCGUUUCAAGUACAAAACGCCGCCGCCGCAGCCUCGAUGGCCAAUCAGGCGGGCUUCGGCAAGCUGUUGACCACAUAUCCGCAGACCGCGCUGCACAGCAUGAGGUAUGCACCCUACUCGAUCCCCGCCAGCGCCGCCACUGCCAACGCCGCCUUGAUGCAGGCCCAUCAGGCGCAGACCGUGGCCGCCGCUGCCCACCAUCACCAGCAGCAACAGCAGCAGCAGCACCACCACCAGCAGCAGACCCACAACGCCCACGUGGCCGCCGCCCAGCAGCAGCAGCAGAGCCACCACAGCGCCGUCUCGAAUCCCGCCUCCCAGGCUCACUCCGCGGCGGCGGCUGCCGCUCUGGCGGCCAACGCGGCGAAUGGAGCCGGUGCCGCUGGAGCCCACAGCUUGGCCGCCGCAGCCCAGCAGGCGGGACUCAUUGCCGGCAAUCCGCUGAACGCCGCUGCCGCCGCCGCCGCAGCUGCUGCCAAUCCGGCGGCUGCCUACUCGAACUACGCGCUGGCCAACGUGGACAUGUCCAGCUUCCAGGGCGUCGACUGGAGCACCAUGUACGGCAUGGGCAUGUACGUCUAAGACGCGCGUUUUGUUUGGUAAUUUGAAUGAAACACUCACUAAAAAAAAACAACACCAACCCAACCCACUCAUUCACAUAAGAACAAACACACCACCCUAGCUGUAGAUCCAUACGAAAUCCACAUGGCCCCCAUCCAUCAAUACCCAUUGAACCACACAGAAACACACUCAUCUGAAGUUGGUUUUCCUUUGAGUUUGGCUUAGUUAGUAGUCCGAUACACGGAAGGCAAAUUAAGUAUUAUAUUUAAGGCGCCCGCGGGCGAGUUCAAUAAAUACUAACUAAUUAAAUAUAUAUACAUAUAAAUAUAACAAAUCAUAAGCAAUAUAAGCAACAAACAAACAAAAGAUGAAGAAAAGCAAAGCGAAAUCAAGGAAAAACAAAAUUCAAAACCAAAAAGCAAAAAUUACGGAGCGAUAGAGAAGCAAAAGAAGAAAACACAUUAAAAAACCACCGAUUGUGAUUGCGUUUAAAUGUAGCCGUUAAUAUAUAAUUUUUAGUGCAUAAAAUAAAACCAUUAAACCUAAACCUAAACCUAAAUUAAAAUAAACAAAUGAUAAACUAACAGUAAAUAUAAACACAUAUUUAUAAAAGAGAAGGAGCAAGCAAUGAAUGUUCUAAGUUAACUCACGCACGUUCAACAAAGAAAGUCGCUCAAUAAUCGAAAGUAAAAGAAUUGUUUAUUUUUUCGGAGCGAUAAACUCAACUGAAAUGAAACGAAUGAAAAGCUCCUGCAAGGGCAGUAUUAAUUAAUCGGAUGAAACUGUAAAAGGAAACAUUUUGCUCAAGACAAAGAGUUAUUGAUUAACGUUUAAACCAAGCUAACCAACUAAGGCGAAAUACGAAACUAUUAUUUUAGAGUUGAGUUUGAAUUUAAUUCACCCAGCAUAGGUUACAGCCAAUCACCAACAAACAUCACCUACUCACGUACACGAACACUCCCCCACCCUCCUUCUUUCUAUCUCCCCAACUCGUUCUUUGUACUUAAUAAUAUAUAGUUGUAAAAAUACAAAUCCACAACGAACCUCCCAAGUUUUUGUUGUGUUCUGUGUGUGCGACUCUUGUUUGAUUUAGUUUUAAAACUAGUUUAGUCUCCACUCAAUCUCAACCAUUUGUAGCGAGUAACUACUACUGAAUAACAAUUGUUGAACAUUUUGGCAUUUGCAUAUUUUAUUCUUUAGUUCGAUUGUCAGAACGUACUCUAGACUAGCGCUUCUUUUAUAGUUCUUAAGACAUUCAAGUGAGAAUAAAGUCCUUAGGGCACUACUAAUCUCCUAGAUUUCCCAUCCCCCUUCCGAUUCGUAUUUCAUUUGCAUAACCAACCAACCAAACAACUCAUGAUCCAGGUAACAUUACUUUACUCUGUAGCUUAUUGUUUUAAAUGGCACAAUUUUAGUUCUUAAUAUUAUUUUGUAAUUACCCUUAUCUGUAGCAUUUGCAUUUGAUUUUGCAUUCGACAAGUACUUCACCCAUUGAAACCAGAACAAAAACAAAACGAAAAAAAAACCAAUUCGAAAUAAGAAGGAAACCGGGGCAGAAGCUCCUGGUUAGUUAUGUAUUUGUCUCAUUUGAUUCGCUUGCAUGUUUGAAGUUUAGUUUUAAUUACUAGUUUUCAUUUGGAAAGUAAUUCUUUGCGUAUGUAAAUAUCUAGUUUAUAUACAUUACACACACAAACACACAUUAUAUGGAAAACAAUGAAACAUUUGAAGUAAUUUUUGUGUUAAUAAAAACCAACGAACAAAACAACAAACAACUUUGCUAUGAGUGGAGCAAACCAUUUGUGUUUUCUUAUGAUUUGAAUUAAUUUGACUGUAAAUACUUGACCACAUACUAUUUUACCGUAUUAUUUGAUUUAAUUACCUCGUAAACACACACUUUUGUAUCUGUUGAUCUGUUGUUGUGCUGUGCUGUCUCUCUCUCUACUUUUCUGCUCCUCUCACCCAUGUGUAGAAUUGAUUACAUUUCGAUGCAUUUGCCAGUACCAAAAAAAAGUUAACGAAUGUGCGAUUGUGGAGAGUUGUUUUUAAUUCCCGUAGAUUUUCGCCUCGAGGGGUGAGUAUGAUGUAUUAUCGUUUUCGUAUACCAAAGAUCUUGCAUAUUAACCAAAAUUCAUUUUACAUUUGCUGGGUUCUGUUCAGGCCCGAGUCCCAUCUCCAUAUGCAGAAACUAAUUUAUUUAUUUAUUGUUUACGCUUAAGACUCUAACACAUUCCACACACACACGCUAUGGUGCCAUUUACUUAUCAAUAUUAAUAUUUAUAGUUUUUUUUAACUCCUCCGUCGGAUCUCGAUAUCAGAACAAUUGCUUUUAGCAUAAGAUUGAUUUUACCCUGCCAUCCAUGAAGAACAAAGCGACAAAUUCCUUUUUUACACGUAAUUUGUUCUAUUGACAUUCUUUAUAAAACAAACCAAAUAAAAUAUUUAUAUUUGAUUAUUGCAUUUUUCAUUAUUUGUAUUAGCCGAUAACGCAAGAAGUCAAAAAAUGCUCUCAUAGUUGCCUAUGUUUACUGUAAUUCCUCGGAACUACUUACAAAUUUUGGUUUCUUUUCCGUAUGCUUCAACAUUUAUCCAGAGCGACAAAAGCCGUAAGAUUACUUAGAUAUUUCUACUCGUAAAAGUUGCAACAGUCUGAGUUUGAUAUAAAAACAAUAUACCUCUUAUAUCCAAUGAAAUGUUUUGUUUUCCAUACUCGUACCAAAGAUAUAUACCCAAAGUAGUAGCUUGCUAAUUUUGAUAUAUAGUAAUCAGAUCGAACAUACUUAUCUAGCGCUCUCUCUAUAAAUAUAUACAUAUACAUAUAUAUUUUUUUGAUUACCAAUAUCAAUAGUUGAAUUGCUCAAUAGUAGGACUGGCUGAUUUGUAUUUUAAGAAAGAAAUCGAAAAAACACCCGUAUCACAAAAAUCACACUUCAGCCAGCCCACAAGUUUAAAAAAAAAAAUUCAAAUAAAAUCAGUUAUUUUAAUUUCUUUUCGUGUCGUUAAACGUGGUUAAAAGUUAAAUUUUGUAUGCAAAGACAUAUAGUUGAUUUUGAUUCAUUAUUUAUCGGGCUAAAAAUUACAUGAAGAACUUGUUGUAAUAUAUAUCCAACACUACACACUUCGAAUUCGAGUUUAUCAUUUCGUUUUUCUCGUAGGUUUACAACCAACUUAUUGACAUUCAGCAUAUUUAGAUGAACAUAGUUACUUAUUCCUAUAAAAUAGAUAUAUACACACAUUUAUGGAACAAAACGCAUGAUGAAACAUGUACAGUAGUCAAUUGAGUAACAUCCCCUAUAUAUACAACGGCAAUCUCCAAGAUAAUGCAGAGACAACCUCAUAUCAUCUGUCACAGUUGCUCCCCAAGCCGAGAUCCCAGAUGUCCCCCAUUAGCAAGGCAUUAGCAUUAGCUACGUACAUAUUACCUAAAUCAUACACACAUACAUCAUAUGACAAUAAGAUCAACUGUGUUUCAGCAUUCAAGUGUCAGUAUUCGUAAACCAAAUUACCUAACAAACUGAGAGAAGUACUUAUACUAUGUAAUCGACAUGGAAACCAAUCCGAGGAGCCUUUUGGAUUUGGAUUCGGAUUGGACGGUGGUUUUAGGAAUUUGAAUAGUUGGGUUAGAUAGCCUUGAAAUAUGUUCACCCGAUGCAGCAAGUGGCGAAAACUUUAUAGAUAUUUACAUGCAUAUACAGUUAGAUACAGAUACAUAUAUAUACAUACUAUGAUAUUUAGCAAGACCGUGAUAUAUUCAAUUAGUAAAACCGAAAACAAAAAAUUAUAUAUUAUAUGUAUAUAUCAAUUAUAUAUUGAGGCGUCUCUCAAAAUGUGUCAAAUUGCAUACUAAGAGUAGAAUUUUUGGUAUACCCAGGAAAACCCAGGGAAGAAAACAAAGUAAACAUUUCAUCAACUGUUGUUGUGAAGGCUAAAAAACAACGCAUAUCACUUUGAAGGUGUCAAAACCAGAGGUUUUCGAUUUUUACCCGAGAAAACCAUACGAAAGUUAAACUAAACUUGUGUAAAGAGGUUUGCUAAAGAUUCCUCCAGCGAAUCUUUUCGACCGAUCUAUAAAAACGUGAAAAUAGCGCGGACAACGAGUUUUCGUUUUGGAUAUGUAGUGUUGAUUUGAGUGACUAAUGAGGACCAAAUUUUUAGCAAAAUUCACAAAUCAGGUUAUUAGAUCUUAACAAAUAAUAGAAAAACCCAAAUUGCCUAGUUUAGUUACAAGAUUUUCAUUUUACGACCUCUCAUUUUUUGGCUUCUUGCUUAUUGGUUGGCGUUGUUAUAUUUUCUUAUAAACCAAGCGCUAUGAAAACACCGACACUAAUUAAACCAAACAAACACACACCAACACACUCUCAACGAGCUAGUCAAUUGAUGUGCAUAGGCACAAACUAAUUCUUGAAAAUAAUUGAAAAAGCGGUAAGUAAAAAGUGAAAAAUCAACAAUAAGUUUAUAAUGGAACAUUCAACCAAAGUCGAACGUACACAAUAAAAUCUAAAAGCAAUUAUUUCCCUUGACUAACCCUGGGAAAUAUAAAACAACCAACAAAACAUAUAAAUCACAUUAAAAAUGCUCUAAGUUAUCGUAUUGAGAAUUAGUUCGUAAGCUUAUAGUUAAGUCCAAGUGUUAAAUAAUUUCAAAGCAAUGCGUACAAGUAUUCGGAGAUACUUUGACGAACAAGCUAUAUAUUUAUCAAUUGCUAAAUUAUAUUUAAAUGCAUAAAAUAUUAAGAAACAGUGAAUGGCUACUUUUGCUCAUUUCAGAUGCUUAAAAAAAAGAAAAGAAAUGCUAAAUCAAAGACAACAGAAGUCGUAUUUAAACCUAAUUUAAGUGUUAAGCAAGAAAAAAAAUUAAAUAUACCACAGAAAACACAAAAUAUAUAUAUUGAAAUAAGGAACAUUUUUUCUUAUACUGCAAGGAAGUAUGAUUACUUUUACUGGCUCGUAACAUAUCAAUUAUACUGAGCUAUAUUUUGAAAGAGCAAGCAAAUUGAAACGAACGAAUUAAACACCAAGUUCAAUUGAUACAAACGAGGAUUUUUUAAGGCUAAUUAAAAGAUAAAACAAGUAAUUAUUAAACACUGAGGUGAGUAAAAUCGCUAACGAAAUUUUAGCAAAAAGCCUUGCUAAGACUUUCCUAACCGAAAACAUAACUUAGACUCGUCUUCCAGCAACUAAUUCACAUGAAAAAGUUCUUACACCAAUAGUGACAACGGGAGAAAUAAAAUUUAGGGAAAAUAGAAUUCAGUUGUUUUGUCUAAAGCCCCAAUGAUUUGGAAACAACUUAAUGGGGCGGAACGAGCUCAGCUUUUGGCUAUACUUGUUACAUGUAAUCGUAAUCAACCAGUACAAUUUUUGCAACGAGGAAUUUUAAACGAAAUCAAUCUUUUGAAGAUAAAAUCGAGCUGAGCCUUGUUUGAGAAUUUUAUUUCAGGUUCUCCUCUUAUCAAGAUCCCAAAGGAAAAGAUUAUUUAGACCUCUCACUAAAAAAUCGCAGACGGGUGGAAAGCUCUUCUUACUAACUGUUGUAAAUUUGUUUCUUGGAAUGAAGGUCAAAGAAAAAAACAAACUAUAUAAAGGAUAAGCAAGUGCAUUAUAUUGAACGAUUUGGUAAACAAUUUGAAGGCUAGCCAUAAGUUUUCACAUAUAUAAAUAUAUAUUAACGAUAUAACUUUUAGGCCUUAAGCGAACCAGUAUGAAACCCUUUAAAUUGUGUUUGGCUUGGGCUGGAAAACAUAUCAAUAGAUCAAGAAGUAUGCAGAUCUAUUGAGACGGCCAACCUUAUAUACGUUUGUUUCGAAGUGGUUAUUAUUUGUUUAUUGAAACGAAUAAAUUAUAUACAACACCCUGUAUCUUGUAAUUGUAACAUGUAACUGCUGUCGCUCUACUUCUCGCUCUAUACUUGUAGCGAUGUUUAGACACUCAUAUAUAUGCAGAAAAACAAUAUAUAAUUCUUUCGAUAUAUACAAAGGACAUGUAAACGGUAUUUACUCUUUUAGCCUAAAAAUCCCUAAAUCCAAAUCCAACCCGAGAAAAAUCAAACGAAUUGCUGAUAAAAAUAUAAUGUGAAAACCCUUUGUGUAAUUUUCCUAUUGAAAAACUUCUUGGCUAAACCCUUUUUGAAUUGAAUUGAAAUGAAUAAAUGAAAUGUGAAAGAAAAUUUUGCAAAUAGAACCCUGGUAUUUGAUUUCACAAAAAUGGAACUAAAAUAACAAAUUUUAAAUAUGUAAUUUGAACGUAGUUUGCACGAAAAUAUUUUUUCCUGUAUAAUGCACAAAAACCUGGAAAAUGUCUGUAUAACAUAUUGUAAUGUUAAUGCUUAGCGUAAGUUUAGCUGUACUUAAAUAUAUGAACUCGUUAGUUAAUAGUUGACUUAGAAACCACCGUCAUAUUAGACUUUGUAAAAUGUACUCUUAUAACGUACUCUCAGUUUCGUACUUGAUACCGAGUAACAUUGAUCGUAAAAGUAAUGGUAAUCGAUUGACUUAUUGAUUAUACAAAGCCAUAAUUAAUUCGAAGUAGUUUCUGAUCUAUAUUUUUAUAAGUUUGUACCCGGAUUUGUAUUAGACUCUUUUACAUUUCAUUGUUUUUUUUUUUAAUAGAUUUUUAUUAUAAAUUUAUACUUUAAUUCUAGUGUACAAUACUCAAGCUUUUAGUGCAGUACUUGCAGCAUUUUUUCUUUUUGUCAUUCUGAUUUGUACAUAAACUUAUAUGUGGUACACAUUUCUACUUUAAAAAUAUAUAUUUUAAAUUGCUUUGUCUUAGGCUUAGACACACAGAAGGUUAUGCAUGAUUUAUAAUAUACAGAGAAUUCUUAACUGAAAUUAAUUUUCAGCAAGCAAAACAAAGAAAAGUCUAUUUAAGAGAAUACUUAUGCGACAAUACCCUUUUUUGUGUGAACUCAAAGUUUGUUAGAGAUUAUCCUCUAAGCGAAAGGUAUAGUAAAUCAUAUGAUUCAACAAUUAACUGUCAGAUAUUAUAGGUAACUCGUCGGAGCGAGGACAACAUAUAAGCAAUAUAUAUACAUACAUAUAUAACUUUGAUACCGAUGUGUUAAUGUUGAGGCAAACUCAAGUAAUAGAUACAUAUAAAUAUAUAUAUUUGUAUUUUAAAGAUGUGCUACCAUAAGCGCGAUCUUCAACAUUGUAAUGACAACCCAAGAAGCUAACACUAAACCCUAAGCGCCGAGUUGAAAGAUGAACCAAUUUAAUGAUGCACUGACGCACACUGUGUUGUUGUGUGGGCGUAGAUAUGGAAAAUACAGUUAAAACCAAAAAGAUUAAAUAUUUUAAUUUGCAAACAAACAAAACAAAAUUAUAUACAAAACCAUCGAAAAGUUUUUAGAGUUUGCGAAGUUUUCGAAACGGUGAUUCGAAAGUUGGUUGCCCUUAGCUUCUUAUGCAGCAUAAAUACAAUAUUAUUAAAUCUUAUAUAUUAUAUAACGUAUUCAUAGAUAACGUAUAGAUUUGAUUAGAGCGUAGUACAUACAACACACUCAUUCACACAGAAACACAGACAUCAGUUGGUAUUGUGUAAACUUGAAUUUGCGUAAAAUUUGCUGUUUGACCCACACGAAACUCAAACCAAACUCAUCUUAAAUGUUGCAGCGUAUUAAUAUAAUUAAUUAUAUACUAUAUACAUAUAUACCACAAUAAAUGUUUCACAUAAAAUAA